GAGAGAGAGAGAGAGAGAGAGAGAGAGAGAGUGUUGAACUUUGGACUGCAGCUGAGGGGUGAGGUAAACAACAGGACUAUAAAUGUCAGCUUCUCGCUGAGGCUUUGUAGAGCUGCCCUAGCCAAGCAAAGAGAAAGGAAGCAGGCUGGUGGGAAGGCGUUGCGACAGCUUCGGCCAUGUGGAAAGGCCUGGGGCUUGCCCUGGCUCUCUGUCUUCUCCCCUAUGGAGGGACAGAGAGCCAAGACCAGAGCCCUGUUUGUAAGCCACCUCCAGCCUGGAGCAUAAAAGAUCAAAAUCCAAUGCUGAACUCCAUGGGUAGAGUGACCGUGGUUGCUCUUCUUCAGGCCAGCUGAUACCUGUGCCUGCUGCAGGCGUCCAGAUUGGACGAUCUGCGAAUAAAACUAGACAAAGAAGGGUAUUCUAAUGUUUCUUACAUUGUUGUUAAUCAUCAAGGAAUCUCUUCCCAAUUAAAAUACAUUCAUCUUAAAAAUAAGGUGUCAGACCAUAUUCCUGUUUACCCACAAGAAGAAAACCAAACAGAUGUCUGGACUCUCUUAAAUGGAAACAAAGAUGACUUCCUUGUAUAUGACAGAUGUGGCCGUCUUGUGUAUCAUCUUGGUUUGCCAUAUUCUUUUCUAACUUUCCCCUAUGUUGAAGAAGCCAUUAAGAUCGCUUACUGUGGAAACAAGUGUGGAAUUUGCUCUUACACGACCCUGAAAGAUGAAGACUUCUGUCAAAAUGUAUCCUCAGAUCCUGAGGGUAAAGCCACUGAGACUCCAAAGCCACAUUACCAUUAUAAGCACCAUCACAAACAUGGGCAUCAGCAUCUUGGGAGCAGCAAGCUUUCAGAGAAUCAGCAACCAGGAGAUCCAGAUACUCCUACACACACCCAUCCUUUAGGCCUUCAUCACCACCAUAAGCUUGUGAGUCAGGGUCACUCUGAGAGCUGAGAAAUGGCAGGGAGUGAAGGUUUACAACUUUCACUUGCACAAAGGAAGCUCUGACGAAAGGGAUGCAUAAACCAAUUACUGUGUAAGUUGUCUAAGGAGUCUGGCACAGCUACUAGUAGCUGUUGCUGCCAUUGUCGACACCUCAUAUUUGAAAGAUCAGGGUCUGCAAUCACCUGACAGUGUGCCGAAAGCCUCCCAUCUUUAUGUAGCUGACAGGGACUGUUUGCGGAGGAGAAAGUGAUUGAAUCUUGUCAGUGCCGAUCACCACCAGCUGCCUGACAAAGCCAGCAACUGAGCCCCACAGAAGUCAGCCCCAACUGAAGCUGAAAUAAUAGGACCAAAAAGUGAAAAUGACGUUCAAACUAAAUAUUUAAACUAAAAAUUUGAGAACUCAAAUGUAAACACCCUAAAUCAGUCUAUAGACAGUUUCAUUUUGAGCAUUUUUACAACCCACCUAAUUAAUCUGAACUAAAAGUAGGAAUUGGAUUUGUAUAAACAUGGAGAAAUCUACUGAAUUGGCUUCUAAAUUUAAAAUUUAAUGCCACAAAAAUUUUGACCCAAAUCAUAUUUUUAUUAUGGGGCACCUGAAAAGUGAUUGCAGCAUUUGGUUAAUGUGUCUUUCUUUUUCUUUUUCCAGUAUUCUAUUUACAUUGAUGAGAACAGAAACGUAAACUAUGACCUAGGGGUUUCUGUUGGAUAGCUAGUAAUUCAGAAUGGAGGAAGAAUGACAAAGACGUAUUUUCCAGUUUUUUCUUAUCUUUUAAAAUAUAGGAUCUUUGCCUUUUAUAAUCCUAUAUUUUUAACAGAUUAAAUCUCUAAAAUCUAAGAUCCAGAAGUACUUAUUUUGCAAAAAACUACAUGACCACAUUUUUAAUAUCUACUUAUCUUUUUUAUAUCUAAGACUCAUCUUUACUUUCACUACCAUAUAUCUUUGUAUCUUUAUCUAGCAUUGUAUUGCUCUUCUGAAUUGUGUCUUGAAAGAUGAAAUGGAAGAAAAGCAUGUUGUUAAUCUGCAUACUGUGUAGGGAUGUAUUUCCAUAGUCAAUGAUGGUUUAAUAGGGAAACUAAACUUAUGAACCUGAACUCGUUAUGGCUAAUGUCAUUCCACAAGAAUGAAGUACAGAACUGGGUAUGGUAUGGAUUUAUCUGAAUAAAUGCAAUUUAAAAAAACUUAA